AUGACUAAAGCUACCCUGCAGAAGAUCCAGACAUUUUAUAACACCUGUCUCAGGCGCAUAUUCAACAUCCGAUGGCCUGAAAGGAUCUCAAAUGAAGAACUAUGGAAAAGAGCAGGACAGGAACCCAUGGACAUACAAAUAAGACAGAGGAAGUGGGGCUGGAUUGGACACACAUUAAGGAAGUCACCAUCCAGCAUCACACGCCAGGCCCUGACUUGGAACCCACAAGGCAAAAGAAAAAGAGGACGUCCUAGAAACUCCUGGAGGCGGGACUCGGAGUCGGAGCUAAAGACGCAGGAUAUGACCUGGCAUGAUGCAGCUAGAGCAGCUCAGAAUCGUGUUCGUUGGAGGACUGUUGUUGAUGGCCUAUGUUCCUCACGGAACGAAAUGCCUAAGUAA